CGUUAUGAUCAAAUUAAUAUAUGUGAUGGUUUUAUGUAACACAGUGUUGACUAUGCCGAGUUUUAAAAGUCAUAUAUUAGGCCAUUAAUCGUCCUCUGACCCCACAGAACCUCGUCAUCGCAUCAAACUGACGGUCGUACAGUAAGCUGUCAAAAGCUUGUUGCUUAAAUCUGUGCUGCGCGACAACGUUAAGGAAGAAAUUGGGUCGGACACGCUUUAAUUCUGUGAAGAGGACAAGAAUCGGAGUAGUUAUUGAACAGACAGUUUGAAAGCACUUAACAUCUUGUUAUCGUUAGUUCAAUUGCUGUGUCGUCCGUUUGUUCUAGCUGCUGCGUGAUACCAUUUCCUGCAGGGUUGGUCAGUCUUGAUGAUGAGGUCAUCAAAAAAAGUGCCUUCAAGAAGACAACCCCAGUCUGAAGCUGGUCCAUGAUCACAGUUGGCCUGCGCUCUCUUUAAUGUCACACUUAAGUACCAACACCGUAUACCUCAGCUGCAAGCCAGUUUGCACACAUCAACCUGAGUUUGAGCCAUAAUAUAAGAUGAAAGAGCCGUCAGAGAAUAAUGACCUGAGAAUGUUUAACUAAAGUCUCAAGCCUGUGUUCCCUCACUUGUUUGAUCUUCAUGGACACUUUCAGUUCGGGAAUAGAUACACUUGAAUUUGAAACUGGUGCAGCAAAAAACAUGUCUGCUGUUAUUUCCUGCUGAUGGAUGAUUUCUCUGCUCCAGCUAAUGGAGGAGUCAUUGAGUUGGCUUAAAAGAAGAUAGUGUUGCACCUUAAAGAUACAUGUUUGAUUAAUUCCUAGCUUUUGCCUAUUUUUUAUGUCUUUAGACCCUAAAGUUGAUUUUAAACAUUUAUUGUGAGCUUGAAAUUCAUGGGCAUGGCGUUGAAUAUGGCCACAGUAAGAGACACAAAAUGGCUGACGUUGGAAGUCUGUCGCCAGUUCCAGCGAGGAAACUGUUCACGCAGUGAUGAGGAAUGCAAAUUUGCACAUCCUCCGAAGAGCUGCCAGGUUGAGAAUGGAAGAGUUAUUGCCUGCUUUGACUCUCUGAAGGGAAGAUGCUCAAGAGAAAACUGCAAGUAUCUCCAUCCACCUUCGCACUUAAAAACCCAGUUGGAGAUAAAUGGGCGUAACAACCUCAUCCAGCAGAAGACAGCAGCAGCUGUACUUGCCCAGCAGAUGCAGCUCAUGAUCCCCGGACCCAGUCUUCAGCCUGUGCCAACAUUUCCCGUUACACAGGGACUUGGCACUAAUACUAGUCUUGGGUAUGGUUCAUACAUCGGGCCCUUGAGUCAUGGAAUGAGCCUCAUUCCCUCAGACAUCCUUUCCAGUACCCCGGUUCUUGUUCCUGGCAGCCAAGCUGUAACGGUCCAGUGCUCGUCCUCCUCUUCUUCCUCUUCUUCUUCUUCUCCCUCACAGAAGCAGCAGCGUACAGACAAAUUGGAGGUGUGCCGCGAGUUUCAGCGGGGAAACUGUUCAAGAGGGGAGACAGAUUGCCGCUUUGCUCACCCCAGUGACAGCCCAAUGAUUGACGCCACUGAUAACACCGUCACUGUUUGCAUGGACUACAUCAAGAGCCGCUGCUCCAGGGAGAAGUGCAAGUAUUUUCACCCACCUGCACACUUGCAGGCCAAAAUCAAAUCCAGUCAACAACAAGUCACUCAAACUGGCAUGGCAACCCAGGCCACAGCUGCAGCCAUGACUCAGUCGACUGCCAAAGCAAUGAAGCGACCCCUCGAGGCAACUGUAGACCUGGCCUUUCCACACAGUGUCCUGCAGCCUUUACCAAAGAGACCAGCUCUAGAGAAGAGCAGCUGGGCCAGUUCGCUCCUUACUCCCAGUUUAUUGCACUACCAACAGGCUUUGGCCAACACACAACUACAACAGCCCACUGCAGCAUUUUAUCCCACAGGUUCUCUCUUGUGCAUGACUCCUGCUAACAGUGUGGUCCCCAUGAUGUACAGUGCUACGCCUGCUACUGUCUCUGCAGCAACUACUCCCGCCACAAGUGUCCCCUACGCAGCAACAGCACCAGCCAAUCAGAUCAUCCUCAAGUAACCAUCAGAAACAGAAGUCAGUGCCAUGUUGCUGCUGAUGAAGUUCCCCAACAGCCUCUCUGUAAAUAUUCUAUUAACGUCACACUCAGUGUACAACAAGCUGCAUGCUCUUAGGAUUACUAAAGAAAAGCCUGCAGACACUAAUUUGAUAUAUGAUGAUCAGUUCUAUUCAUGAGGACUCCCUUAGAGCAUCACAGAAGAUUUGGUGUAUGUACACACUUUUACACCUGUUUAACAUCCAUGUGCAUGACAGUACAUGUUAAUGUCAGGUGUAAAGGGGUCCUUUAUAUUGAAGAUUGUUACUGUUUUAUCAUCACUAUACAGAACUUUUCUUUCCUUCUUGAAUGUUUUAUUUAAACUAAAAAAACAUUUUUGUUUGUUAACGAUUGUCUAUCUAGUACCAGAUUGAAUUAUUUAAAACAAAGCACUUAUUUAAACUCUACACUUCAUAUUAUUAAAUGUAAUUUGACAGCAGGUUUAUGGACAUCCCUUUAAGAUGCUCUCAGAGACGUCCAUCUCUCUACUUGUCCUGGUUUUCCACAUAGAACUGGAUCAGUGCUCCACCUCCUGGUGUGCCUUUGCAUUGCAUAUACAGGUUGUUCUGAGAGAAAAUGCUGUAUAAUCAGUCAGUUUCAGAUACACCUUCUAAAUUGGUUAGUCAAAGAAACACAGUUCAUAUUGUUAACAAUGAUUAUUAUAAACUUACUAGCAAAUCUGUAAGUAGUUUUAACCUGUUCACCUUGGUAUAACAAAUCAGAUACAGUAUAGCAAACCAUGUUUAUAGGAAGAGUCUCUAUAGGCAUUAAAGCUAAUUCAUUAAAAGGGUGUGGAAUUACUACUGCUUAUGUUCACACUAAACUUGUUGUGAUGCUGUAAAAGUUGAGUAUUGUGUGAACUUAAUAUUACAGUCGGACGUCAGAACUGUAUUAUUUGAAUGUUACAAGUGCCUAAAGAACUGUACAUGCAAAGACAUCUACGCAUAUUUAAAAGGCUUUGUGUGGACAUCACUUACUUAAAUCUACUUCUUUAGUCACAGACAUCAGAAAUAAAUGUACAAGUUUUGCGAUGCCAUGUCAGUGCAUUAGUAUUUUGUGCACACCUGAUCAGAUUUAGUCUCGCAGUUAAUUUUUCACUGAUGUUAGGAUGUGUAUGUGUGUACUAUAUAUAAGAAUUAAUAUUGGGUUUUUAUGUUAUUUUGCUUCACUUUUAAGAUGAUAAAGUAGUUUACAGCAAUGUAAAGUACUUUUUGUGGUAUGGUAGACUUUGAGGAGGUAAACAUUUUUAGUACAAAGUAGUUAUGUGUGGUUGAUCCCACAUUAUGCAAGUAUUCAUCUUUGUUUGAAAUUUACAGCAUAUAUAAUGAGCAUUGUAUCUGUUCAAGAGAAUGAUCACUCUCAUGUAUAAUGUUUUAUAAAUGUGUCCCUUUUAAAUUUUAGCUCUUUAUUUUACAAACUCUUUGUACCAAUAUCAAGUUUUUCUUCAACAUAGAGGUUUUGCAUUUCUUUACUUUUUCAUUCUGUUUUUUUCCUUAUGAAUGGUUUUACACUUUAUUCAUAGAAUAUUAAUAUGAGUACACUUGCAUAUUUGACUAGUUUAGAACACUUUUAAAAUGCAUUCUUCUUAUAGUUUAUGAUGAAUGUAAUUUAUUAAACUGACUUUAGCUCUUCUGAGUUCCUCAAAGGACCUUGAUCUAUUACAUUAGCCUAUGAGAAGCCGUUUCGUGUCCAGGAAUUGAAUGUUGGGGAGAAGAGAAGCUGAAGGCUUUUCAUCCUCGUCACUGCCUUGAUACCUGUAAGGGAGAAUGCAAGUUUUGUUUAAGCAAGGCCAUAGAAGUUUUUUUUUUCUCAUGUGAAGAAGUGCGUUGUGCAGCCACAUUGUUUAAAAAAGUAAUGCUGUAGCAGUUUGUCAUUAAAUGAGUCUGAUUAGCAGCUGAGGCAAUUUGAAAAUCCAGAGACUUUUUUUCUUUUUUUAGGUAAUGAAAUUGUUGUCUUUUCCCACAGUAGAAAACUUAUAGUGGACAUGUUUGCUUUAUUAUAGUAUGUAUACAGCAGCAUAAAUUUACAGUAUGUUUGAGGUUAGCCAUUGAUUCAGCAGCUGUUUCAAAGUUAAUUUGGUUUUUUAACAUUAUUGCUUUAACGUUUGGCUUUUCUAAGUUGUAUUAUUUAAUUUCCCUACGAAUCCAAGGCUUUUUUCUGAAUGUUUGUGUCACCUAUUUUGGUUUGAUUUUGGAUUCUCCAUUCAGAAAAAUGUGGACAGGAAGAAUGUUUGGUCUGACUCACUGAUGGAAAUAUUUCUCCUUAGCACUUUCUCAACAGUCAGAUGACUGAGAAAACUUUUUUUUCUUCUUUUUUUGUAAACUCUGCCUUAAAUUUGAACUAUCCCUAAGUUUGUAUGGGUCCAGCUAUUAUGAAUUCCACAACGUUUUUACAACUUUUCUCUUAAAUGCUAAAUAAAUUUUAAGUUCAGCCCCAUAGUUACAGAUUGUUAAACAAAUGCAAACACCAAAAUGCUUUAUGUUGAUCAGACUGGCCAGCUUUUCCACUUAAUAUGAUUGUGACCAAGUCAAAUUAAGCUGCCGUGCAGGUUCCAUCCUGGCAUCAAAUUCCUAUUUUUUAAGUUUUUUGUUUGUUUGUUGUUUUCUUCUUCUUCUUCUUCUUCUUUUUGUGCUGAAUCCAACAUUUCAUGGUGAACAGUUUUGUUCCUGUCAAUUCUAAAUUGUGGAAAAUCUGAUAUAUUGCAAAUAAAUUAAUAAACGUCUUGUUAAUGCAA